AUGUCCGAAGUGCGUCCACGAAGACCAUCAACCGGUGGCAAGGCCCCAACCAAGGUUCGUGUUCAUCUCGCAAUCGAAGAGGCACCAAGCCAUGACGGCACACCCUGCUUCAGCAUAUGGAGAUAUCACGAUUCGCUCCACCCCCCUGAGGAAUGGCCUCCCGUAACGCCUCCCGCCUCCCAACGUCCCAAGCGCGCCCUCCAGAUCUACGACACGACGCCAGGUUCCGAUGACCCGGUCCACCUCAAAGCCUUGGCCGAGACAUUGUACGGCAAGCUGGACAUGUGCAACUUGGACGAGGAUACCCGUAUCGAUGUUUGGGGCAUGCCACUUCCUCUUGAGGCACCCGAUGAGGAGCGAGUAGCCAAGUGCCAUGCUCACUCUAAGGUCGAGAUUGUCUGGCGGAAGAUUGAUAGUGACGGGGAGUUUCGGAUGCCGCCACGCAAGUUUGUUCCCCAGUGGCACCGGGUCAUGCUCAUUAUAGACCGGCCCAUGACCCAAUGGGACGAAGACGAAGGCGGAAGCUUGAGCGUUGGAUGGGAUCCUCGCAUAGAAUAUCUUCAAGAGCAGGCAGGCUGGGGAAAUUACGAUGUGGUACCGGAGAGGAGACCGAUUAGCUACGAUCGUCGCCAGGUGACAGAAGAGUUGGAGUGUCUAGUAUAUAGCCUGUCUGGGUAA